AUGCACAGCAAUGCUGGUACAAUAAUGCAGUCACACCAAACAUUCAGUGGCAGUUCAGCUGACUUCUUAGAGAAGGAAGAAUGAGCAAAUAUUUGAAGCGUCUGUUUCCCUGCUGUUUUUCUUCAGUAAGAAAACAAGACACGCCACUUCGCAUUGUACUGAUUGGAAAAACUGGAGUUGGGAAAAGUGCAGUCGGAAACACCAUUCUCGGUAAAAACGCUUUCGCAUCAUCCCCUUCUGCAAAAUCUGUUACUCAUCAGUGCAGAAAAGAAAAGGCGAAUGACCAAAGAGACAUUUAUGUGAUUGACACGCCUGGAGUCUUGGACACCAGUGAACCAAUGGAUGACAUCAAAAGAGAAAUCGUGAGAUGCAUCCAGGUGUCAGCACCAGGUCCUCAUGCGUUCCUGCUGGUGAUCCAAAUUGGCCGUUUCACAACCGAGGAGCAAAAUUCUGUUCGAGCUCUACAAGAGAUCUUUGGAGAAGAAGCUUCAAAAUACAUGAUAGUGGUCUUCACUCAUGGUGAUGCACUUAAGGAUCAAACAAUAAAACAAUAUGUCCAAAGUGGUCACAAAGACCUUAGAAGAGUCAUCCAGAGCUGUGGAAGUAGAUAUGUGGUUUUUGAUAACACAAAGAUGAAAAAUCAAGGCCAGGUGAAAGAAUUAAUAGAGAAAAUUGAUGAGAUGGUGGCAGCCAACGGGGGAGGUUGCUUUACUCAAGAAAUGUAUGAAGAAGCAGAAGAACUGAUUCAACAACAGCAGAUAGAGAGAGAUUUGGCAGAGCUUCUAGAGUAUGAUUUUAGCUUUAUUGAGAACCUUGAAGAUAAAGUCCGUUUGUUUCAACAAAUAUUACUUGGGCACCUUCACCAAAAUUUGGGAUUUAAUGACGAUGAGUCAUUAUAAUUUGAUAAAUUUUCAAUUCAUUUAACACAUAUUUUUUAAAUGUUUUGUAUUUUACUUACACAAAUAAUGUGGAACAUGUGAAAAAAAAACAAUCUUGAACUCUGAACUAAUCUGAACUGAUUUUGAUCCAUCUUAAUUGUUUAAAUUUGAAAAUAUGAUGGGUUGUAAUUUGUUGGCAUGGAAGUGUCAUGUUGUGUAAAAUGCACUUUAUGUAUUUAUAGUUGUGUAGAUUUUUUAAAUAACAAUAUACAGUGAUUUUAGUUAUUAUGUGGAAUUAUACAACAGAUAUGAUGUGUAAAAGAUUUCUCUCUUGUCUUGGUCACAUCUUAAAUAAUGUAUUAUCAAAUGUCCCAAAUGUUUGUGGUCUAAACUCAAAA